UUGUUCACUGAGGAAGCUUUUUAGUUCAGCAUUUUCACUCCCUCAUGUUUAGAUGAUCACCGUGAGGACUUGAUUGCCUCUAAAUGUCUGUCAGUUGUAUAUUUUAUGUGAUACCGUGUUAAUGCUCAUUGUGAGUGAGCUGCAGAGAAAGGAGAUUUUUCUAGUAGUCCACACAGACCUGAGCCUGGUGCAGUAUGGGGCCUUAUCGCUGCUUGGCCACAGCCAAGAUCAAACCCACCUUUGGCUUCUUAGGCUAUUAGACUAACUUUAUCUUCAGUGGAGACAUAGCACAUUAUUGUGUUUCGUUAAUGUGUAUGAUUCCGAAAUACAGCCUGGAAAGCCCCAUGGCUUACUCUGUGCGUACGCCUCGUAAAUGCAACAUGCUAUUUCUUUUCGGGGCCAUUUUGUUCUUUAUUUUUGAUGCAUUUUGUUCACCAUCACCGCACAUUUCUGACUCAGCUUACCCCUCUAAUUGAUUUGACACGGUAGAUCCAAUAUCCUUUUCAUGAUAGUCAAACUUUAGUAUAAUAACUUUCUAUCUGCCCCCCCAUCCAUGCUUUUAUGGACAUAUAAUGUUUCCACAUGUUCUGUGUGCACUGCAUCAUUUUUUUUCUCUGCACAGUCUUAUAGGGGGAAUAAAAAUAUAGAGAGCCACAUGCUGUGUGAUACUGCAGUGAAAGGGGCAGAAAAAUGACACCUUUCUGCUAUAAAAUUGUCAUUUUUAAACAGUAAAACAAGGAAAGAAAAUCUUACUACCUCUGUGCCCCAUUUAAAUUUGGUGUUUUUUUUCCUUUUAACUUUGGAGCAAACAACACUUUGUCUCACAGCUGGCUUUGCUGAUUCAUUGUUUUGUCCCACAGGUUGUGACAAUCCUCUUUCCCGAAUCAUUGUUAUGUUUUGACACUAAUGAUCAACAAGUAUUGACGGAUCUGAUGCUGAUCAAUGGAUUAACCCUCAGUCCUGAUGAUGCAUAAGUUUGCCUUAUAGCUGGAGGUCAGGACCAAGCAGUCAUUCACGGAAUGCAGAUCGGCCUCUGAGCUGAAUCACUCACUAUUUACUCCUAUUCCUGAGGGAAAAGGGGGAAAAAAUGUAUCGGUCUAUUAAACACGCCUAAUUAUUAUAAUUAUCACAACUCUGCAAGCUUCGGAAAAGUCAAGUGAUUCCUCAUGUGGUUGUGUGUGUCUAUAAUCGACCAUUUGCACGGAUGUGUUACACCGCCGUGUGGCUGGUCCACGGGGCCGCGCAGCACCUAUUGUUCAAUUAGUGCAACUGUGAGCGUGCAGGGCUUUUUGCGUGGGCUGAGAAUCCCCAGAAUCCACGUCGUAUUCCUCUCCUGACCUCCAUUGUCUGAGCCGAAAUAGCUGUCUCAUUUGCGUGUAAUAUUUCCAUCUGCCCUUGAAUAGAAAUGCGGCGCUGCCACAUUUCGUGUUUUUAAUGCACAAUUGAAAAUACCGAGAAAAAAAAAUGGCGAAAAACUGAUCAGAAAAAAAAAAAACAUGAAAAAGUUUUCACUGCAGACACCAUGGCAUCCAUGCGAUAUUAUAAAGUGCAGUGAACUAAUAGCUAAUUCGCUGCAGUACUGGCUUCUACUCCAUUUAAUUCCCACUUAGAUUAAUAACAACAAUAAUAAUAAUAUACAUGCAUAAAUACAAAAUUGUGUCAAAUUAAAGUAAAUGGUUGCAAAAAUGAGUAAUGUUAAAAACAACUAACAAAUACAAUAGCUGGUAGCAUUUAUAAAUUAAAAAUUAUUUGUGUUAUUUUUUAUUUUUAUAUAUUGUAAGUCAUGGAAUUGUAACUUUUUUUGAAUCAUCAGUUGUGUGUGUGUGUGUGUGUGUGUGUGUGUGUGUGUGUGUGUGUGUGUGUGUGUGUGUGUGUGUGUGUAUACCUGGAAAGUAUACCACAGUCUGCAUAACUGCGGUCCUCUUGGAUCAGCUAUCAGAUGGAUUUUGUGUUUUUGUAUAUAACCUACAUCACUGCACCUCGCUUUCUGUUUAUUUUCUGUUCUUUGUUUACAUUUAUUAGUUGUGCAGUGUUUAGUUGUACAAAUGUGUAAUCUACCUGCACUGUUCACUGCAGGCCAGCAUCAAUAAUGAGGAGCACUACUCAUAUCUCAGCAGAUGCAGGGCAGUGACUGUCUAUCGGAUGCAUUUAUAAAAUCAUUUUUAGGAGAAGCUGUGCUCUUUGUGGGAAGUUUUGAUACACAGAAGCUUGUGACAUGACAAGCUGACCUCGUGAGGUCAAUCCAAACAGAAGGAGCCUCUGCUGUCCAAUCACAGAGCUCCUCUUGCCCCCGAACGUCCGGGUAUCUGACCAAUCAGAACGCUCAGCGCGGAGUCAGAGGGGACAGCGACCACAGAUAAAAUGUUUGACUUCCAUCCAUCCUCUCAGAGCAUCUUCUCAAUCCUCAGAGGACUGUUAGAAACCCGCACUUUGAUUCAAACUCUCUGAGCCCACGCCGACAGAACCCAGCAGCUCUAUGACGGACUCCGGUCGGUCCGGCCGAAGACAACCUGUUACUCGAGGAGGAAGGAGACAGUAGAGAGAGCGACCGAAAGUAACUCAGCCGAAGUUAACAUAGGGUAUUCUGUGGAAUUAAACGCGACACGCACAAGGCAGCUUUGUUUACAGAGUUCCCUGACAGAAAGUCAGGAAUCAUGACAGCACUGGCAGGAGGUUUACCGAGAAUGAUGAGACCGACUCCUCACCAGAACUACCCGCGGGGAGGAUACUCUCUGGAAGUGUCCACUCCGUUAGGGCAGGGUCGGGUCAACCAGCUCGGUGGUGUCUUCAUAAACGGCAGACCUCUCCCCAACCACAUCCGUCAUAAAAUCGUGGAGAUGGCCCACCACGGUGUCCGGCCGUGCGUCAUCUCCCGGCAGCUCCGGGUGUCCCACGGCUGCGUCUCCAAAAUCCUGUGCCGGUACCAGGAGACCGGCUCCAUCAGGCCCGGAGCCAUCGGAGGCAGCAAGCCAAAGCAAACCGCUUCUCCAGAGGUGGACAAGAAAAUCGAGGAGUACAAGAGAGAAAACCCGGGCAUGUUCAGCUGGGAAAUCAGGGACAAACUACUGAAAGAUGGGAUCUGCGACAGAAACAACGUCCCGUCAGUGAGCGCCAUCAGCCGCAUUAUGCGCUCGAAAUUCGGCGGAGUUGGUGAUGAUGAAGAUGAGGAGGACGAAGUGGUGAAGAGGGCCAUGGAGGAAAACGAACCACGGACCAAACACAGCAUCGAUGGCAUUCUGGGAGACAGAUCCAGUCACUCAGAUGAGGGAUCCGACGUAGAUUCUGAGCCAGGCCUGCCUUUGAAGAGAAAGCAGCGUCGCAGUCGGACUACGUUCACAGCGGAGCAGCUGGAGGAGCUGGAGAGGGCCUUUGAACGCACACACUACCCCGACAUCUAUACACGAGAGGAACUGGCUCAGCGGGCCAAGCUGACGGAGGCUCGAGUUCAGGUGUGGUUUAGCAACAGAAGAGCCCGGUGGAGGAAGCAAGCAGGAGCUAAUCAACUGAUGGCGUUCAACCACCUUAUCCCUGGUGGUUUCCCUCCAUCGGCUAUGCCAGGCCUGCAGCCCUAUCAGCUGUCAGACAGCCCCUACCCUCCGACUUCUAUAUCUCAAGCCUCCGAGCAGCCCAGUACAGUCCACCGACCGCAGCCUCUCCCACCCACCUCCGUACACCAGAGUGGGCUCAGCUCGUCGGCAGCUUCCCAGGAUGGAAGCUCCGCAUACUGCCUGUCUUCUGGACGACACGGCUUCUCAGGAUACUCGGACAGCUUUGUGGCGCCGACAGGACACAGUAACACUGUCAACCCGACCAUCAGCAACAGUCUCUCACCACAGGUGAUGGGUCUAUUGAACCCAGGUGGAGUACCGCACCAGUCCCAGAGCGACUUCGCCCUCUCCCCACUCACCGGAAGCCUGGAGCCCAACGGAGGCAUGGCUGCUAGCUGUCAUGGUUCCCAGCGCCUGGAGGCUCUACCAGGCCUGACCAGUAUGCCCGCCCUGCCAAGCACCCAGUCUUACUGCCCACCUUCUUACACUUCCCCAGCUUACGCCGUCGAACACCACCCCUCCUACCAGUACGGACAGUACAGUCAGAGCAAGGUGCCUUUCAUUAUAUGAAGCCCAGCAUGGCCUGAACAAGAGACUCGCCCAGCCACUCUGAUGUUCAUCCCUGGAGAACACCACCACCCGCUGCCUCUGCCAACUUCCUCAUCCCUGAGGACGGCAGGACAUGGGAUGAGGGGGAGGUGAAGGGGGUCGAGGUGUUCUCCUUCAGCUUGAGAUGGAGGUGUAGCGAUGGCGAUGAAGGGGGUUGACUGGAAUAAUUAGGACCAAAGGCGCAGCCUCUCCCGUUACCUGACACUCGCUUUGCUUGUGCGUCACGUCAUGCUCCGAGGACCAAGCGCAGUUCGUCGUCCACGCUUCAAGAGGAGGAGAGAAAGGGGGACCGGGUGGGGAAAUGGGGAGUAAAUACAUUCAAGACCUUGUAUUUGAUUUUUGUAAUAAGCGGCAGAGAUGCAAGUUGGGGUGGACUUUAUUAGCCCUCCGGUGCUUCUGUGCCCCCACUGGCUGGAUGGUGAUAAUGUGUUGCCCUCAGCCCCAAUGCUCUUCAAAAAAUGUAUUUAUUACAGUGUCUGAGGGCGGUGAUAUCAGCUGUAGAUGGAUGUGACUCUUGCAUAAGACUAAAAUGCGACUACAUCCUGAAAACCAGCGACGGAGCAUAAAACUGAAGCCAAGUGGAGUCGGCGAAUCCGCUGCAACCCAAAGAAAGUGCAAUACAUUCAUACCUCAUGUAAUGUAAAUGAACAUGGAUCAACUCUCCCUGAUUAUGCCCUCAAUAACGAGCUCUCUCUUUUUAAUGUCAUUAAUUUUGGGUUGUUCUCAUUGAUCAAUCAGGGGAAAUCAUCAAGCGACGAAUAAUAGCAAACAUAGUCAUGAUGUCAUUAAGCCAAAAAAUUCUCUGCCAGUGAAUACAUUAUUCAGUUUGACAGUUAAUUUUUUAUUAUUAUUUUGCAUGUGUUAAAUUAGUUUUUGGUCAGGAACUUGCAAAUAUUAGUUCCGUUUCUUAUUUAUUUAGUGUUGUUCCAGUGUCUCUUCUGUACAUCUUGUAUCAGCGCUCAUCGGUGCUCAAGUAAGUCUUACACAAUGUUCAUUAUUCACGUUUUUUUUUCCUCUUGUGUAAUUUUCAUUUACAAUGGCGUGAAAUGAUUUUGUUGUAAAAGGUUUUGUGUAUAAUAUAGCACUAUUUACUAUUUAUAAUAAACUAUGUGAAAAGCAGAAA